UAAUGCAUCUUUUUGAGACGGUGAAGACAGAACCAUGUGGUGCUUUGUUCUAGCCUGUCCCACACAAUUGUAGACAACAAUUUUCAAAGAGGGUUCAAACUCAUUCAUUGAUCUUUCUAUAUAUACUAUACACAUAACCUAUUAUUUCUAUCAUUAACAAGAACCAAGCAAUAUAUCCAAUUACUUUAAUCUUUUCAUAAAUCUUCACGAGCCUCAAAAAGAAUUUCAAACUUUAAAGAAAGAGAUGGCUUUGAUGAGAAGUCUACUGGGUGCAAAGAAGAUUCUUAGAGCGGUAACAAGCAAAGGGGAAACCUCUGCGACACCAAAAGGGUUUCUUGCGGUGUACGUAGGAGAGAGUCAGAAGAAGAGAUAUGUAGUGCCAAUCUCAUACCUGAGCCAACCUUCCUUUCAAGCUCUACUCGGUAAAUCUGAAGAAGAGUUUGGGUUUGAUCAUCCAAUGGGUGGACUAACGAUUCCUUGUCCGGAAGAUACAUUUGUCAAUGUGACUUCUCGGUUCCAGUGAUGAUUACUUGACUAUCAAGUUUUGUUAUGGGAGUUAUAGAAAUCGACAUUCAUUGUAAAUAGAUGACCUUUUUCUCUCUCUUCUUCAAAUAUUUGUUCUAAAGUUUAGAAAGUGAGUGCCAUUUUUAUGCAAUAGGCACUAUCAUGUGAAUACAUUUUGGAACGAUCAUAAUA